UUCCUCUGCCUAUCUCUCUUCCUCUCACCUGUUUUAGAAGCUGAGGCCAAAAAAGCAUGCAGGUGGCUCCGAGCAACAGGAUUCCCUAAGUAUGCUCAGCUUUUUGAAGAAGGUUUGUUUCCUGUGGAUAUUGGCUCUGUGAAGAAGGACCACAGUUUUCUGGACGAGGACUCUUUGGGGGCCCUGUGCAGGAGGCUGAUGACCUUGAACAGUUGUGCCUCGAUGAAACUGGAGGUUCAUUUUCAAUGCAAGCAGAAUGAAGACUCAGAGGAGGAAGAGCACUGUACCAUCAGCAACCACUGGACCUUUGAGCGAGAAAGUAAGCAGUGGUCUCACAUGGGGUCCUCUGACUUGUUGGCCCCACCAAGCCCUGGCCUGCCAGUGACCUCUAGCUGUGAGGGCGUCCUCACUGAGCUUAGUGCCACCUCCCUGCCUGCCAUCACCGUGAGCCUACCACCUAAGCCAGCGGAUCUGCCCUUGCUAGGCCAUUCUUCCAGCCCAAGUCACUGGCCCUUCCUCAGCCUCACUCGGGGCCAGGAGGGCCCCCAGGACAAAACCAAGAAGCACCGUUCCCAGAGCUUCCUCAAGCACCUUGAGUCUCUGAGGCGGAAGGAAAAGGGUGGAGGCCGGCAAGCAGAUCUGGAGCACAGCUCAGUCACCUCAGAAAAGGUUACCAAAGCCUUCUCUUUCCGAAGUCGCCAUGGCUUCUUCUAUCGGGCCAAGAACCAGGCAGCCACUUCAGCCAGUGGCAGUGGCUCUGAGACUCAGAGGGCCUGGGAGGCCUGGCCUGAGGCCAUGUUCCAGCGUCCUCCGCGGGCACACCAGGGUGAUUGCCUGGUGCAUGUGCCCAGAGACCACAAACCAGGCACAUUCCCUCGCUCCUUGUCCAUUGAGAGCCUGUGCCCAGAGGAUGGACACCGCCUGGCAGAUUGGCAGCCAGGUAGGCACUGGGGCUGUGAAGGGCGCCGGGGCUCCUGUGGCUCCACAGGCAGCCACGCCAGCAUCUAUGACAACAUGCCGGAGCUGUAUCCAGCUGAGCCUGUACUGGCUGGGGCCGAGGCUGAAGAGGAAGAGGAGGAAGGUGGGGACAGCUACACUCACCUGGAUGACAUCCUCCAGCACGUGUGGGGGUUGCAGCAGAGGGUAGAGCUCUGGUCUCAGGCCAUGUGCCCAGACCUGGGGCCUCGAGAUAAGGAAGAAGAAGAGGAGGACGAAGUAGAGGAGGAGGCCACUUCAACAGUAGAAAUAGCCACCGAUGGAGUGGAAGGCCAGACCAGUGAGGCUCGGACCCAGGGAGAGGCUCCAGCCCUCAGGGAGUCCCUAGCCCUGGGCCACGUGGAUGUGCAACUUGGAGUCCUGGCUCAGCCUCAGACCCCUGCCAAGGCUGAGUUCCUGGCACAGUCAGAGACUGGGGCCCCGGGCUUUGCCCAGGAUCAUGAGGAGGAGACACAUUCAGGGGGGGAACCAACCUCUUCCUCCAGCCUGUCUGUGGAAGAAGGACACGUUUCCGACACUGUGGCCUCCUCCAGUGAGCUGGAUAGUAGCAGGAACUCCAUGAACGAGGCUGAGGCUACAGGGUCCCCGACUGGACUCCAGACAUCAGUAUCCCGUGAGCGACGAGAUUCAGGUGUCGGGGCCUCACUUACCAGACCCUGCAGGAAGCUCCGUUGGCACAGCUUUCAGAACUCUCACCGGCCCAGCCUCAACUCAGAGUCGCUGGAGAUCAACCGGCAGUUUGCCAGCCAGAUACACCUCCUGCACAAGGGCUCACUGCUGCGGCUUACCACUUUCAUGGAGAAGUACACCAUCCCCCACAAACAGGGCUGGGUCUGGUCAGUCCCCAAGUUCAUGAAGAGGAACAAGACACCUGACUACCGGGGCCAGCAGGUAUUUGGGGUGCCACCCCUCAUUCAUGUGCAGCGCACAGGCCAGCCACUGCCCCAGAGCAUUCAGCAAGCCAUGCGCUACCUGCGUAGCCAGUGCCUGGACCAGGUGGGCAUCUUCCGCAAGUCUGGGGUGAAGUCCAGGAUCCAGAACCUGCGUCAAAUGAAUGAGACCUCCCCUGACAACGUCUGCUAUGACGGCCAGUCAGCCUAUGAUGUGGCUGACUUACUGAAGCAGUAUUUCCGGGACCUGCCCGAGCCCAUCUUCACCAGCAAGCUUACUACUACUUUCCUGCAGAUCUACCAGCUCCUCCCCAAGGAUCAGUGGUUGGCAGCCACACAAGCCGCCACCUUGCUGCUCCCUGAUGAGAACCGAGAGGUACUACAGACCCUGCUCUAUUUCCUAAGUGACAUUGCCUCUGCUGAGGAGAACCAGAUGACAGCCGGUAACUUGGCAGUGUGCCUGGCACCUUCUAUCUUCCACCUCAACGUCUCCAAGAAGGAUAACCCCUCACCCAGGAUCAAGAACAAACGCAGCCUAGUUGGCCGGCCAGGCCCUAGGGACUUGAGUGAGAACAUGGCUGCCACCCAGGGCUUAUCAUACAUGAUCAGCGACUGCAAGAAACUUUUCCAGGUGCCUCAAGACAUGGUGCUGCAACUGUGUGGCUCCUACAGUGCGGCUGAACUCAGCCCUCCGGGCCCAGCCCUGGCUGAACUGCGGCAGGCCCAGGCUGCUGGUGUAAGCCUGAGCCUCUAUAUGGAAGAGAGCAUCCAGGAGCUGCUGCACAAUGCUGCUGAGCGCUUCAAGGGCUGGAUGAGCAUGCCAGGGCCCCAGCGCACGGAGCUGGCUUGCAAGAAGGCGCCAGACGGGCACCCGCUGCGCGUGUGGAAGGCAUCCACAGAAGUGGCAGCCCCUCCAGCCGUGGUGCUACACCGUGUCCUGCGGGAGAGGGCCCUCUGGGAUGAGGAUCUUCUGCGGGCCCAGGUGUUGGAAGCCCUGAUGCCGGGUGUGGAGCUGUACCACUAUGUCACUGACAGCAUGGCACCCCAUCCCUGCCGCGACUUUGUGGUGCUCCGGAUGUGGCGCUCUGACCUGCCCCGUGGGGGUUGCCUCCUCGUGUCUCAGUCCCUGGAUCCUGAGCAACCUGUGCCAGAGUCGGGGGUGCGGGCUCUGAUGCUCACGUCCCAGUACCUCAUGGAACCCUGUGGCCUGGGCCGCUCCCGGCUCACUCACAUCUGCCGUGCUGACCUCAGGGGCCGUUCUCCUGACUGGUACAACAAAGUCUUCGGACACCUGUGCGCCAUGGAGGUGGCAAAGAUCCGGGAUUCCUUCCCGACCAUGCAGGCAGCUGGCCCUGAGACAAAGUUGUGAGCCUCAGCCUGAUCCCAGAGUGCCACUGCCCAGGCCCCCUGGCACGAAGGCAGUGAUGGGGGGAUGAGAGCAGAGAGCCCCCAGAUGGAUGCUGCUCCUAAGGGUAGAGGCAAGGCCAUGCAGUCCUCCUUACUUCCUGAAGUUCCUCCAUAUGUACAAGGGAGUAAAAGAGAAUUUCAGUGUCUGGUCUCCAUUCCACCUCCACCCCUGAACCUGUGUUCUGCCUUUCUGAGAGAAAGGAGUCGUUUUUAGAGCAGGAAGACAGCUACUGCCCUCUGGGUCCAUGGAGCGACCAGUCAGUCUAAAGUCUUCUCAGCUCUCCUGCCUGUGGGUUGAGGAGGCAGAGAGCCCCAGCUCUCUGCUAUUCCAAGAGGUUAGGUCAUCCUGUUUGCUGCUAGGGUCCUUUUGAGGUUGGACAGGAGGUUCUGGUCUUGCCUUUGGGCCCAGCAUUGAUCCUGAACUGGCUUUUGCAGAGAAAUUGAACUGGAGUGGACAGGCACAGGGGCAGAGCACAGCACAGCCCCAACCACCAUGAGCUGUUUGAUUUGUGUAAAUAAGAUGCUGAUUUUUACGAGGCUGAUUUAAGGAGGGGGCAAUGAUGGGUCCCAGUGGGUGAUAUGACGAUUUGGGAUAGCUUGGGAUGUGAGAGUGGGGAGAACCUUCCUUUAUCAGAUCUCAAGAGACCAAUGAACCAGUCUCCCCUGACUUGGGCUCCAUACUUUAUCUGCUACUCUCUAGGGUCCCAUGUAGCCAUUGGCCAUGCACUGCCAUGGCUAGUGAGUAAACAGACACCGCGCAGGCUGAAUAAAAGCAGAUGGUGGCGAGGAGACACUAUCUGUGUUUGUAUCACUUUUUCUGCUCUUCUUGCCUGUGGUAGCAGGCUGAUAUGACAGCCCCUUCCUCCAGCAGAGACCUGGCCCCUGGUUCAAGCAGCCAGCCCAUCAGAUGGAAGGGCUUAGUGUCAUCUCAGCCCACUGGGACUUGAUCCAAACCUGACCUAUCCCACCUACCAGUCGUGUUGGUUCACAUGCAAAGUCAAAUGCCAAACACCAACUGGUGCUUUGUUAUUUUUGGCUGAAUAAACAGGAGUGGGAUGGGUUCCAGCCAACCAGUUGUAAUGUUUAAACCUAUUUUAUUUGUACCUAUAAAUACUGUACAGUCAGUAUUUUAUCAAUAUUAAAAAUGUUUAUGUACAUAUAGAUAAAUAUAUAUAUAUAUUAUACAGACACAUCUAUCUAUAUAUAUAUAUACACACAAAUAUUCUAUCAUGAGUGUACCAUAAUUUGUGGGUCGGGGCAGAGGUCUAGCAAGCCUUGGGGGGCAGGGCACUUAAGAUGCAACAGGGGAGGUGGAGAGCACAGUCCAUGUGAUACCCCCCAGUGCAACAAUAAAGCAUUCCUAGAGAUGCACUCUA